ACUCCAGUCUGCUGGAGCACAGCACUGCUCGCUUUCUUGAGUGGAGAGAGGCAGAGAACCACAAGCCUUCUCCUCCUCCUCCAUCCGUGUGAGGCUGGUACAGCACAGCACACGUGUUGGCUGGUGGACGCAGCAGCAGUGUUAGCAUUAGCAGGGGAUCUGUGCUCGAGCUUCCAAAAUGCUCAACAACCUCACCGAAUGCGAAGAGGGCGAUGGGGGACCCAACAGUCAGGGAGAUGCGACAUCCAAAGAGAGCAGCCCCUUUAUCAACAGCAGCACCAGUGACGUAGAGAAAAGCCAGCAGUAUGAUGGGAAAAACAUGGCCCUGUUUGAGGAGGAGAUGGACACCAGUCCAAUGGUAUCUUCUAUGCUGAGCAGCCUCGCCAACUACUCCAACCUGACGCAGGGCAGUAAAGAGCAUGAGGAGGCAGAAAACAACGAGGAGGCGCGCAAGAAAACCGUGCAGGCUCCACGUAUGGGCACCAUCAUGGGCGUUUACCUGCCAUGUCUGCAGAACAUCCUGGGGGUGAUCCUGUUCCUCAGAAUGACCUGGUUGGUGGGCGCUGGAGGCGUCUUGGGAACCUUCACCAUUGUCUUCAUGUGUUGCUCCACGACUUUGCUGACUGCUAUCUCAAUGAGUGCUAUUGCCACCAAUGGGGUUGUGCCAGCUGGAGGUUCAUACUACAUGAUCUCUCGUUCACUGGGGCCAGAGUUUGGAGGGGCUGUUGGUAUAUGUUUCUAUCUGGGCACCACUUUUGCAGGAGCCAUGUACAUCCUGGGCUGCAUCGAAAUCCUUCUGAUCUACAUCGUGCCAGCAGCUGCCAUAUUCAAGAUGGAGGGUCUGGAGGGAGCAGAGGCUGAGGCAGCACUGUUGAAUAACAUGCGUGUGUACGGUACCAUCGUGCUCUCCUUCAUGGCUUUAGUCGUCUUUGUCGGCGUGAAGUAUGUCAACAAGUUGGCCCUUGUGUUCCUCGCCUGCGUCAUUCUAUCCAUUCUCGCUGUCUACGCUGGCGUCAUCAAGACUUCUUUUGACCCACCUGACUUUCCGGUGUGUGUGCUUGGGAACCGAACUCUUGUGUCAAAGGGAUUUGACAUUUGUGCCAAAACCAUUGAGAGAGGCAAUGCCACAGUCACCACCAAGCUCUGGAGAGCCUUCUGUGAUUCAGAGUUCCUGAACGCCACCUGCGAUGAAUACUUCACCAACAACAACAUCAGUCAGAUCCAGGGAAUCCCUGGAAUCACCAGUGGCAUCCUGGCAGAAAACCUCUUCAGUACCUUUAUGGAGAAAAAUUCAAUGUUAGAGAAGCGAGGUAUACCAGCAGUACUCGACCCUGAGGCCCCAGAAACCAACACUAACCGAUACGUCCUGGCUGAUAUCACCAGCUUCUUCACCCUGCUGGUUGGCAUCUACUUCCCCUCGGUCACAGGUAUCAUGGCUGGUUCGAACCGUUCUGGUGACCUGCAGGACGCUCAGAAGUCCAUCCCAAUUGGUACCAUCAUGGCCAUCAUAACUACCUCUAUCAUCUACAUGUCUAGUGUGAUUCUGUUUGGAGCCUGUGUGGACGGAGUCGUUUUGAGGGACAAAUUUGGGGAAGGUGUCAACGGUAACUUGGUUAUUGGCACCCUGGCAUGGCCCUCGCCCUGGGUCAUUGUGUUCGGCUCUUUCUUCUCCACCUGUGGGGCAGGGCUUCAGAGUUUGACGGGAGCGCCCCGUCUCCUUCAGGCUAUCGCCCGAGACGGCAUCAUUCCUUUCCUCAGGGUGUUUGGUCAUGGCAAAGCUAACGGUGAACCUACAUGGGCUCUCCUCCUGACGGCCUGCAUCUGUGAGAUUGGCAUCCUCAUCGCCUCCCUGGAUGCAGUCGCUCCCAUUCUGUCCAUGUUCUUCCUGAUGUGCUACAUGUUUGUAAAUCUGGCCUGUGCGCUGCAGACGCUCCUCAGGACCCCGAACUGGAGGCCGCGCUUUAAAUUCUACCACUGGGCUCUCUCACUCUUGGGCAUGAGCUUGUGUCUUACCCUGAUGUUCCUCUGCUCCUGGUACUACGCCAUUGUUGCCAUGGUAAUCGCCAGCUGCAUCUACAAAUACAUCGAAUUCUGCGGGGCAGAGAAAGAGUGGGGCGAUGGGAUUCGUGGCAUUUCUCUGAGUGCCGCCCGCUAUGCUCUGAUGAGGCUGGAGGAAGGUCCUCCUCACACUAAAAACUGGAGGCCCCAGAUUCUGGUGCUCAUGAGUCUGGAUGCGGAGCAGAAUGUAGAGCAGCCUCGACUGCUGUCGCUGACCAGUCAGCUGAAAGCGGGCAAAGGCUUGACCAUCGUGGGAGCGUGUGUGGAGGGCACCUACUUAAACAACCAACCACAGGCGCAGAAAGGAGACCAAUCCCUAAGGAAGCUGAUGGAGGUCGAGAAGGUGAAGGGAUUCAGUCAGGUUGUGAUCUCUUCUAACCUGCGGGACGCCACCUCACACCUGAUCCAGGCUGGAGGUCUAGGCGGCCUCCAUCACAACACGGUUCUGGUCAGCUUCCCUAGGAACUGGAAACAGGCUGAGGAGCACCACCGUUGCAGGAACUUCAUUGAGGUUGUUAGGGAGACCACUGCAGCUCACUUGGCCUUACUGGUGCCGAAGAACAUCUCUGCAUAUCCAUCAAAUGGAGAGCGCUUCACUGAAGGCCACAUCGACGUGUGGUGGAUUGUCCAUGAUGGAGGCAUGCUCAUGCUCCUUCCCUUCCUUCUGCGCCACCAUAAGGUGUGGAGGAAGUGCAAGAUGCGUAUCUUCACUGUGGCUCAGAUGGACGACAACAGCAUUCAGAUGAAGAAAGACCUGAUGACAUUCCUCUAUCAUCUGCGAUUUGAUGCUGAGGUGGAGGUGGUUGAAAUGCAUGAAAGCGACAUCUCGGCCUACACCUACGAAAAGACCCUGGUGAUGGAGCAGCGGUCGCAGAUCCUCAAGGAGAUGCACCUGACCAAGAACGAGCGUGAGAGAGAGAUUCAGAGCAUCACAGACGUGUCCCGUGGCUCUAUACGGCGAAAGAACCCUUCAAACCUGCACCCCCAGAGGAGUAUCGCCGAGGAGUCUGUGGGAGGAAGUGGUGAAGAGAAAUCUGAGGAGGAGUCUGUCCGUCUCUCCCGUCCUCGACAGGUUCAGCUCAUUCAGGGAAAAAAUGCCACCCCCACCCCAACUAGCCCCACCUCCCCUACCGCUCCCACACCAGCGGCCAUGAGCCCCGGAGAGGAGGUGCAGAUGACCUGGACGGACGAUACGGAGAAGCCCAAUAACCCAGCAGUGGCCAACCCUGAAAGCAUAAAGGAUAUGUUCAACAUGAAACCGGAAUGGGAGAACCUGAACCACUCCAAUGUCAGACGCAUGCACCACGCACAGAAACUCAACGAGGUCAUUGUGAAGAAGUCCCAGGAAGCUAAACUAGUCCUGCUAAACAUGCCUGGACCUCCUAAGAACCGCACCAAUAAGACGCGGCCAAUGGAGAACUCUUUGUAUCAGAACUAUCCAUUUUUUGCUGACAUUCAGGUGAUGAUAUUUCUCGGAUUCGGCUGCCUCCUGGCCUUUUUCCGCCGCUAUGGUUUUGGUGGAAUGGUGUUUAAUUUCCUAAUCGCCACAUUUACCAUUCAGUGGGCCAUUCUGGUGCAGGGCUUCUUUCAGUUCUACUAUGAUGGGAAGAUUCAUCUUGGUGUGCUGAAUCUGAUCAAUGCUGAGUUUGCCUGUGCUGUCGUGCUCAUCUCUUUUGGAGCAGUGUUGGGAAAGACGAGCCCUGUGCAACUCCUGAUCAUGGCCUUGCUGGAGAUCCCUGUGUUUGGUGUCACAGAAUGGGCUGUAGUGAAAUACCUAAAAAUCAACGAUGCCGGUGGCUCGAUCCUCAUCCACAUUUUUGCCUGCUACUUCGGACUGGGUGUCACCUUUGUCCUGUACAGGCCCAGCCUAAACGAGGGACACCCAAAAGAGUCGACAAGUUACCAAUCGGAUCUGCUAUCAGUAAUGGGAACCCUGUUUCUCUGGGUGUUCUGGCCCUCUUUCAACUCAGCGCUGACCUUCAAGGGUGACGACCAGCACCGAGCCGUUCUCCACACGUUCAUAGGUCUCAGUGCCUCCACAAUCACCGCCUUCGCCCUGUCCAGCAUGCUCAGCAAGAACGGCAAGAUCAGCAUGGCCGAUGUGCAGAACGUGACACUGGCUGGUGGCGUUACGGUCGGUGCUUCAGUGGACAUGAUGAUUUCGCCUGCUGCUGCUUAUGUGCUGGGCAUCCUGGGAUGCAUUGCGUGCAUGCUGGGGUAUAAAUACUUGAGCCCGUUCUUGGCGCGCCGGCUGCGGUUGCAGGAUCAGUGCGGCAUACACAACUUGCACGGCCUGACGGGACUCAUUUCCAGCCUAGCGGGAAUCUGCGCCAUCCUGCUGGCGACCGAGGAAACAUACGGCCCCAGUCUCUACCAGACCUUCUCUCAUCGGGCCCCUCCAGAGGGAGACCCUCUGCUAGCAGAGUUGCAGGAAUUGAUCCCAGAUCUGGAAGCGGGAUUGGGUCGGACCGCACGGGAACAAGCCCUCUUUCAGGUGGCUGCCGUGUUUGGGACUAUUGCGGUGGCGGCAGUCGGGGGUUUGCUGACUGGUGUGGUGCUCAAGUUACCGUAUCUGGCUUCCCCCAGCAAUGACAAAUGCUUUGAUGAUGAGCUUUUCUUUAAUGUUCCUCCAGAUUACAACUGCGUAAAUGGUCCGCAGGACGUAGCCUAUGGUCCUAUGUUCUCAGAGACACAAACAAAACUGAUGCUGACUGAAGAAUGAAAAAGACUGUGCAUUAAGUAAGAGGAAUAAAUGAUAAUGUAGGACUGCUGUGAACUUCCGA